AUGAACGAUCACGAUCAACAACAGUUUCAACAUUUCUGCUGCAAAGAGAAUGUUGAAGAUUGCCUGAAUUUUUUGAAUGAAGAUCUCGUGUCGAUAGGGAUGUACGCGUUAUUUGACGAGGUGCGAAAUUUUCACGUUUCCAAUCUGAUCAAUGCCACUUACGAACUUGUGCAGAGGUGCAAACGAGAUGCCUCGGCCAAAAAUUUAUUAGAGGAAAGUAAGCACAGAGCAGUCUGUGAGUUGGAGCACGUGAGGAGUGAGAAGUUUCGCCUGAAAAGCAAGAUUGAUGGCCUGGAGAGGGAGCUGAAUGCCACAAAGAACAAGCUGGACAUCAGUGAGAGAGAGUGCAUCACCAAGGAGACCAAAAUCAAAUCAGAAAGAGAAGAGAUUCGCUGCCUACAAUCAACACUGCGCAGUAGAGAAGUGCAGCACAAAAAAGCAACAAAAAAGUUGGAGAGUGAGUGCAACAAACUGAAGGAACGACUGAACAACAUCAUGGUUGAAAAAAAUGACAAAAAAAAUGGAAUUGCCAUAUCGAAUGCACUGCUAAGGAAGGAUGGUAGGAGGGGUAAAUGGAGAGAUGUUGAAAGUACGACAUCAUCCAAUGCGGAUGAGAUGUACAGAGAUGUAGUGAUGUCUUACGAGAGGAGAGCGGUGGGAAUGUUGAAUGAGAACCAAACGCUGAGGAAGGACGUGAGGUGGAUGAUCGAGGCACUCCACGACAUCACCAACAAAAUCACCAACAACAACAUCACCAACAACAACAACAUCCACUACAACAACACCAACGUCAUCAACAACAAUAACAUCUUUGUUGGUAACAUCGGCAACAACAACGUCAAUAAUAACAACAAAAACAUUAGCAACAACAACAACAAUAACAUUAAUAACAACAACUACAUCAACACCCCAUAUUGCUUCAGUGGCACACAACUAGCUGAUGAUGAUAAUAAGCGUAAUGAUAAUGGUGGUGGUAAAAAUUUCAAGGUGAAAAAUAAAUUUAUUAUUCCAACGACCAUUCAAAGUGGUGCAUUCGAGAUGCCGUACAUGAUGGUGAGGGGCGGGAUGAUGGAGGUCGUCGAGGGACACCUCAACGUCAUCAUCUCUCUCCUAGCAGUGCCCACUACAUCAUCAUCAUCAACGUCAUCAUCAUUAUCAUUGCUGGCACCUUUGUCAUCAUCACCGAUGAACACGAGGCACAUCAUAUUCGAUUACAGUCCUUGCAAGAUAACAUCCCCAAUUAAAAGAGCAUCAUCAUCAAGACCGCAGUCUGCCGUGUCCUACAGAGGGGGUCCUUGCGCAAGAAGCCACAACCCUGGCAAGCACAAAACAACAACAACAUCUGCUGCUGGCACUUCUGCUUCCGGAACAUCCUCAUCUCGGCCUCCGCCACCAUCAACAAAUCAUCUCACUCAUCGUCAUCACCGUCGUCAUCAUCAUCAAAAUGGCAACAUAGAAGCCAGCGAUGACGUCAUCAGUGACGUCAUGGGUAGUGGUGACGAGGAUGAUAGCAGUAAUAAUAAUAAUAAUAAUGGCAAUAAUAAUAUUAAUAACGUUGGUUGUGAUGAUGAUGAAGACGAGUUUUCAAAACCAAAGAAGAUGGUUAGAUCUCUCAGUUACGUCAUGUUAGUUUUCUCUUUAAUGCAUUCCAUUUGUUCACUCGUUCAUAUCUCUAAUGUAAUUCCUCUGUGUAAUUCCAGAUUGAAGCAGAGUUUCAGUGGUGGUGGUGUCGGGGCUGAUGAGCAUCAGGCCACUGAGGAUGAUGAAAAAGAUUCUGUCGAGUCUUACGACGGCGAUGGAGGAGAUGACGACUAUCUCGUUGGUGGCGGGGCCGACAGCGGGCUGAUCAGAGAUAGUUUUAAGAAGGAAAAUAAAAUGAUCACUAAUAAUAUAGUCAAUACCGAUAACUACAACGACGGCGUUAAGAACAGUACAUUUACCGUGAGUAGCGUUGAUCAUGAUGACGACACAUUCGCUAUUGAUGAGGUCGGUAGAAAUGCUGGAGGAAUCAACACACUGGACGAUGUAUCGUCACAUUUAUCAGCUAACAUUUCAAUGGAGGAAUCUUUUUCAAAGUACCUCACAGAAUCAUGCAAGCAAUAGUUCCGCUGACGGUAACUCUUGCGCAACUGAUUACAAUGAAAAUGUAGUUGUUAGCCUGACAAUGUGCCUUCACAAAUCAACUAAAUAUUUUAGUUGUUUUUCACACCAACAGAUAUUUUUCCAAUUUAUUUCAUCUACUAAGUAUUUAAUGAUGCAUUUGAGCUUGAUUUUUAUUUAAUUUAUUUGACACUGACGUUUAGGCGUUUACAUAAUAUGCCGACGAUUUCAUGUUGUAGUGACGUACUGUGGUGUCUGUCGGACUAGAACUUUUAUUUUGUAUAUUUAUUUUUUUCAGUUACACACACAACACACACACACACACACACAUAUAUAUAUAUAUAUAUAUAUAUAUAUGUGUAUAUGUGUUAGUAUCUUAAACUGAUUACUUUUGCUAGCUCAGCACUUUCAGACGAGUUAGCAAUAAAUGUGAGCACAGUUUUGUUCAAUAAUUUUGAUGUUCAUCUUAGUUUGGCUAUUUUUUGAAUCUUGUUUUUACGUUUGCAUGUCUCGAUAACUUUUAUUUAAUAGUUCGCUGAGCGAUUAUUAUAGCCAUUUUUUGAACAGCUGCAAAUUUAAAGCAUCGCCGUGAUUUGAUGUUACCUGGCAUAACCUUAUUUUGACUAACCAAUUAAACUUAAGAAAGCCCGA